AACCUUCACACCAUGUACUUCAUAAUCAUAAUAGCGUCCAGCGGUUUCCUUUCCGGGACGAAACUGUCUUACGCCAACGGAAUAAAAUUACUUUUCGUCGGUUUCUUGUUACAAAACCUCGUCGAACUUUUGAUUCGGUUUAGUAACUUUGGCUCCUCGCGAGACGUCACAUUGUUUGACAGCUGUCACCGUUUAACCUAACUUUAUUUACAUUAAUCGCGAGUUGCCGAUAACGCAUUCGUCAGUCCGUUUAUAUCGUUGUUGUAACCUUGCUCCAUGUCAACUGUGUACCCAUAUAAUGAGUUAUGUACACUCACAUAAUGGCAGCGAUUUGAACCGGACGCAGGAUGCACAAUGCAAGAUGACCAACAAAAAACCAGGAUGUUUCUUCCCGUUUUUUCCCUGUUUGUACCCGCUGGAUUCGGAUGACUUGACCACAAAGCGGCACAGCGACGACAUCGACAAGUGGCUGCAGGGGGAGAAGAUGGAGUUUGUCAAGACCCACCGGCUGCUGCUGCUGGGAGCCGGGGAGUCUGGCAAGUCCACGGUGAUCAAGCAGAUGCAGCUGAUUCACGGGGAGAAGUUCAGCGAGGGGCUGAGGAGGCAGCGCAGGGACGACAUUCGCAAUAACUUACUUGAGGCUAUUGCCAGUAUUGUGAGGGCGAUGGGGAGUAUAGAGCCCCCGGUGCAGCUGGACAGUGCGGAGCACGAGACUAUGGCGAAGUGGGUGGUUGAGUACGCGACUAAGCAAGGGUUCGAUUAUCCAAGUGAAUUUUACCAGUACACGAAAGUUCUGUGGAAGGAUAGGGGGGUCCAGGUAGCGACUUUUGAGAGGAGUAACGAGUAUCAGUUGAUAGAUAGUGCCAAAUAUUUUUUAGACAGGGUUGAUGAGAUCAGCAGGGAUGAUUAUCGCCCUACGGAUCAGGAUAUACUGAGAUGUAGAGUUUUGACCACUGGGAUUUCCGAGAUUAAUUUUCAGGUCGAAGAUGCGAAGUUCCAAAUCAUUGACGUGGGUGGUCAGCGCGAUGAACGCCGAAAAUGGUUCAUGUGCUUCAAUGACGUCACAGCCAUAAUUUUCAUAACAGCGUGCAGCUCUUACAACAUGGUCCUGCGUGAGGACCCAACGAAAAAUCGCCUCAUAGAGAGUCUCGAAUUGUUCAAGCGAGUGUGGAAGAGCAAGUUUCUGGGCCACAUUUCGGUCAUACUCUUCUUGAAUAAGCAAGAUCUCUUUCGAGAAAAAAUUCUAUCCGGUCGAAGUAAGUUGGAAGACUACUUCCCGUCGUACACGAACUUCAAAUCGGAGAAACUCGAGCCGAACGAGCACCCUGAAAUCAACAAGGCGAAGCAGUUCAUCAAGCUCCAGUUCGAGAAAAUCAGUAUGACGAGUAACCGGACCGUGGACCACCGGUUUUUCUCCCACUACACCUGCGCCGUCGACACCGAAAACAUCAAGAGGGUGUUCGACGCGUGCAGGGAAGUCGUACAAAUCAAAAACCUCCUCGAUUAUGAUUUAAUCUAGGUCGCAACGUCAAAAUGUGCAUUUUUAUUCUUAUUUCACGUCCUUAUUGUGUAUACUAGUGUCCUGUAAUUCACUGACGAACGACGUGUAUUUACGUAAAACGUGAUAAUAACGUACUUAAACCACUAUCGAAUGUAAUCAGAGCUUCAUCCGUCAGUAUUUUUCUUUGUGAUACUUUGAAGACAGCGGAUGUUUAGAAUCAGUGCUUCCCCGUCUCGGUUUUGUAAGUUCGUGCCUUUGAUAGAGCAGAACGUGAAUAGUUGUCUGUGCCUUAAUCUGUUCAUUUAACUUCGGUGUUUCAGUCGUCUGUGUUUAAUUUAGGUUGGCAACACUUAGUUUUAAUGUUAACUUUUGGAAUCAUGGGGAUUCUCUGUAUAACUUUUUGAUCUUACCUGCGUUGACGCGCGUCUUUGUGAUAAUGUUUACUAUUUUAUGUUGAUUACUAUUUUUUUAUUGUUAUUUUAUGACUAAAUUGCACUUAUAGAUUUAUAUUGUUUAAUGUAUUUAAUAGAGAUUAUAAAGUGAUGUCAUUUUUUCAA